UCGAAAAUCGAAAUUCAUUUUUUUGGUGUGUACUUUCUUUGAUAUAUUCCCUGUCAAGCAUAAUUGCGUUCUCUUUAUCUAUAUCUGUACUUAGUAAUCAGAAAUGACAUUAUAGACUGUGGUUUCAGAACCCUUUUCAAUAUUGUGCGUAUACAUACAAAUCGUGGGUUUUGGGCCUAUUUUCACCAUAAAGUAGCUGAGUAUUUGUAUAUUUGACAAAGAGGUACUGUACAUGCACAACUCGAUAAUCUGCAAAAGUGAGUCGAUGAUGUUACCCAGUCACUACUUUUUUUUAUUUUUUUGUAUAGAAUUAUAUAUUUUACAUUUUUGUAGAUUUGACACCAAGGAGACUUUACAUCUUAAUAUAAUGGCAUCUGAACAUGUGAAGGGAGGAAUCAAACCUUGUUUCACAUUACAUUGAGAAAAAAAAUUAUUAUAAUAAAUACAUGUAAAUACAUGUUUUAUUUUUGUCAUUCAAAUAGCAAACGUGGCAAAUACAAUAGCACCAUUAAAAGAGUAGUAUGGAGCACCAGCAUUUGCCUGGGGAUCACCUGAAGGUACCCAUUUGAAGUGAAGUGAGAAAUAUGUCUGUCAGUGUAGGUUACACAGAUUUUCAAUGUAUAACCCAGGGAAGGCUCUACAAGUAUAAGGAGUUAUCGAUUUAAACAGCCUUGAAAGCAGACUAUUCAUUAUGGGGUGUGGCAAUUCAAUGCAUGCCCACUCAGAGAUGGGGAAGUCAGAAAGGAGUCUCAAAGCGGCCCUAUUAAUUCAGAAGUGGUAUCGCCGUUACCAAGCUCGUUUGGAGGCAAGGAGACGGUGCACAUGGAGGAUAUUCCAGAGUAUAGAAUAUGCUGGUGAACAAGAUCAGCUCAAGCUGUAUAAUUUCUUCAAUAGCAUGAUGCAGACUGUCAGCUCAGAGGAUAAUAAAUCUAAAUACAUCAUACAAGGGUCUAAUGAAGACUUACAAGCUGAAGGUAAAAGUAAAGACAGUAAUGAUGAUAUCUACCAAGAUAUGGAAGUAGAGGAUUCCUACGAUGGACCGCAUCUCAACUUCCCUCUCUCUUUGGAUCAGGUAGAGAAGAUGAUGGAGGCUUUCAAGGAACAGAAGCUACUCCAUGCUAAGUAUGUUUUAAUGGUGCUUAGGGAGACAGAGAAAGUCAUGAAAACAAAGAAGAAUAUCAACAGAGCUACCACAGCUAUUGCCAAACAGAUUACAGUUUGUGGUGAUUUACAUGGCGCUAUUGAGGAUUUAUAUCUGGUGUUUUACAAGAAUGGUUUACCAUCUGCCGAGAACCCUUAUAUCUUCAAUGGAGACUAUGUGGAUAGAGGAAUGCAUUCAGUAGAGAUAGCUCUUAUUCUCUUCUCAUUCUUCCUCCUCUUUCCUAAUGAGGUCUACCUUAAUAGAGGCAAUCAUGAGGACUACAUUCUUAAUCUCAGAUAUGGUUUCUUAAAGGAAGUGCAAUCUAAAUAUGGUGCCAAGAGAUCACAUGCACAGAAGAUAAUUGGUCAGUUUCAGGAUUUGUUUGCUUGGUUACCGUUAGCAACAUUGAUUGAUAGCAAGAUUCUGAUAUGUCAUGGAGGUAUCUCAGAUAAGACUGAUCUCACAUUCCUGGAUAAUAUGCCAAGACAUAAGUAUCUGUCUGUAUUGAAACCACCACUGAAAGAAGGAGCCGAUGAAUUGACAGGAGAAGAAGAAGAUUUGAGUGCUAAGAUUGAUCUAUCAGAGUGGAGACAGAUAUUAGACAUACUCUGGAGUGAUCCAAGGAGUCAAGAUGGAUGCCAACCAAACACAUUCCGAGGAGGAGGGAGCUACUUUGGUCCCGAUGUAACCAAAAAGGUGUUAGCUAAACAUGGAAUUGAUCUGCUCAUUAGAUCACAUGAAUGCAAACCAGAUGGAUAUGAAUACACACAUGGAGAAAAGGUCUUGACGGUAUUUUCAGCCUCUAAUUACUAUGAAGAAGGGAGUAAUCGAGGAGCCUAUAUCAAGUUUGGUACAGAUCUCAAGCCUAGAUGUGUUCAGUAUCAGACCUCAGUUAAUAACACCAAAAAGAUGACCAUGAGACAAAGAGUAAGCAUCGUGGAAGAGUCGGCUUUAAGAGACUUAAGAGAGAAAAUUGGAGCAAAUACCACAUAUCUUAGACAAGCCUUCCAGAAACAUGAUCCAAACAACACAGGUUACAUCACAUCUACUCAAUGGGCCAGGACUAUGGAAGAGAUCCUAGAUCUGUCAAUCCCAUGGAGAACUUUGAAAGCCAGGAUGUGUAGGACCAAUGAUGCUGGAUUGAUUGAAUAUGAGUCCUGCCUUGAGAUGGAGCUGACUUACAGCGGUGGCAAAGGUGGUCCUAGUGUGACAGAAACACUUUACAGGAACAAGAAUGCUUUAGAGACAAUCUUUAGAGUCAUGGACAAAGACCAUUCAGGUUGUAUCAGCAUGGAUGAAUUCCAGGAUGCUUGUCAACUUCUUAGUAAACACAUUGGUAGUAACAUUCCUCCUGAGACUGUGAAGGAUAUGGCACAAUCAAUUGAUAUCAACAAGGAUGGUAACAUUGAUUUUAAUGAGUUCCUUGAGGCAUUCCGUCUUGUUGAUACUCAGGGUAUCAAGUUGGAUGGACAAACAUCAACACAGAACUCACCAGCUCAUGUACCUAAUGGAGAAAACAAUCAACUUUAGUAGGUCUUUGGGUUUACCACAAAUAAUGCUUAUUAGCAUGGCUCUCACCAAGCUUGUAUAGCUCAUGGAGAGAAUGAUAAAUUUAAGAACCAUCUCAGCUUAGAAUCAUUCACUUGCUCAUGGAGAUGUUGGAACAUCUAAUCAAUUGAGACUAGAGGAAAUAUCUCCAUGAUAUAUUCCAGGAUGACAUAGAUGAAUUCACACUGCAGUAAAGGACUGCUCCAUUAUGAAGUGUUGUACAAAUAUUGGAGAUAAAUUUUGGCUGGAAUGGUAUCAACAUCAGCACCUUUUAAAACCUGAUAAUGUAUAUAGACAAAGAAUAACUGUAUAGCUUUCAUUGUGAUAUGAAUUCAAAUGAUGAAUUUUGAAUCUUUUAUGCACGGAUUGUCUGCUUAGAAUAUGCCUAUGCAGUAGAUUAUACAUGUCAUACAUUAUUCUUCACUUGUAUCUUUUGAUGGUCAUUGAAUCCUCAACAACUCUGAAAUUCCUUUGAGUAAUUGCAUUUUCCAUUUUGUGUUUGGGCUGUGUGCAUAAUUCUGUAUAAAUAUUUUAAAGAUAUUCGUGAAUUGGAUAAAUGUGAGGAUAAAAGAUCUUUAAAUUACUACAAAAUAAUGCCCUGCAUAUUCAACAAAGGACAUUUUGAGAUAUUUGUGUUUUAGUGAUCAGUGUGAUCUUGACUCCAUUAAGUUUGUUAUUCAAUGCUUUAAAGUCUUUUGGCAUUUCAUACAUUUUAAACAUGUUGUUCAUGUUGAACAAAGGUGAUCAAUAGUAUAUUCAGUUGUGUGAGAGUAAAUUUUGCUUCUGGGGUACAUAUAAAUGAUACUGGUACUUAAAAAAUACAGGACUUAUCAUGGAAAACUAUAAUGGAAAUUUGUACACCAUUGGGCAGUAUUGAUACCUAUGGGUGCCUACAAUUAUGUUUCGACUUUCCGUCCUAUAUAUUCUUUGCCAUACUUUGCUUGCUGACAAUAUUAUCAUUUGAUGUGUCGCUUACAGUAACAUAAAAUUCAGAUUUAAAUACUUCAAUGUUAUCUUCAAUACAUUGCCUUGAUUUAAUUAUUUGCCUUCUUUUUACUUCAUCACUAUAAAGACAAUGCGUCUGAAUAUUUAAGUAUUUUAGAAUUAAUCCAGUCAAGGAAGAUUAUAAAGUGCAAAUAGAAUAUUAUACCUCUGAUACAUGUAGCUAUAAAGUAGACUUAUAUGUGGAACUUUGAAAAUCUGUAAUUGGCAAACAAAAUAUGAAUAAUUUAAAAACUCAUUGUGAUAUCUGUUCAUGCAUGUGCUUGCUAAAUGUCUAAUGAAUCUUUGAUUUUGUUAUUUGUAACUUGUAAAUAUUCCUAUUCUUGAAAGUACUUAUUUAUUGUAAAUAAAAUGCCUUUUAUUUUUGCUAUGUGCACUGCAUUAGCUAUGUUGUGAUGAUUUGUAUAUCUAAAAAAGUGUUAAAAGGAGGUUUAAGACCAUAGAUGGAUGGAUGCUAUGACACUUAAUCAUGAUUGCUAUUAUAUAAGCUAAAAGCAACAAUAAUAUUUUCUUGAGAAAAAAAUCUAAGUCUUGUUAGAGAGAAAGAGGACAUAAUUAGGAAUGAAUUCUAUUGGACACAAAGUUAUUUCUCAAAGGGUUAGAAAUUGGAUUAUAUUGUUUCAUUUGUAUACACCCUGUACAUAUGAUUGUACAUACAGUUGUAGCUUGUUAUAAAUAUCUUAUUUCUUGUAAUAUACAUUUGAUAGAAAUGUAGAAGUUUUUGUAGAGAUAGAAAAACUUGACAUCACUGUUUAUACUUAUCAUUUUCAGCUAAUGUUCAUUGACAUACAUAUCUUGAUCUAAUUUUCUUUAUUCAUUGUGCCAAACACAUUAUAUACAUGAUUUUUUUUCUGAUACUUCUAAAAUAUCAUGAAAUAUCAAUUCUAUGAUACUGUAUUCUGAGAGGAGACAUUUUGUACUUCUUUUUCCUCUCCCUCUUCUUUGUUUCUAGCAGUGAUAAUUGUUUUAAAUAAGGAAUAAUACUUUUGCUUUGGUUUUCUUUACCCUGUUGUGAAUGUUCCUAAUUCAUUAUUACAAGAAUUUUGAACUACAAUAUAAGAUAUUUCAUUGAUUCUUCAAUAUAUACACUGAUUGGCUUAUUUUUUUUUCAAUAAUCAGGAUGAAAUUUCUAAGAAUCAAAAUGAUUUUUGGUCUAGAGAUUUCCAAUAUAGCAUUUACUUCAUGCCAUCUGUAAUUGCUUUAUAUGGUUCAGGUUGAGAGGGCAGAUAUAAAGUAUCUUCUCAUUCCUACUAUAUCUAUCAUUGACAUGAAGACUGAAUAAGGUCUAAUUAUUAUAGGAAUAUACAACAUGUAUCCCAAUUAUUUUUAUUAAAUUGAUAUCAUCAUGAGGGAUUAAACCAGAGUUACUUUUGCAGCAUGGGAUGCCAGUGGAACUUAGAAGUAUUUUGGGGUUCUCAGACAUGACUUCAACUUUGUCAGAGUGACAUGCACGUCCCCUUUUGCUUUCCUUCAACAUAUAGCAUUUCAGAUCCAACCUGUUGUGGGUCUAGACUAGGCAAUGGAAUGCAUCUAAAAAACGUUCUUCCUUCUGAGAAUGAUCCCUCUUUAUCAUCAUUCCUUGAUAAAUAUUACAUUAUGUAGGCAUCUAAACACCAGCUACGGUCACAAUUUUAUUUAUACAUAGUUGUGUAUUGUGCCUUAAAUUUUUAGUGGAAUCUGCCAAUAUGGACAUAUAUAUAUGGGUUUAAAAAAUGAACAAAUGAUAAGUUAGGAGUACUUAAAUGUUAACAUCGGUAAUGAUGUGGACAUCAUCCCAUUGCGUAUGCGGCCAUCAUACAUGUACAUUGUAUAUGAUGUCACAUUUAUAAUAAAAACUCAAAAUUUUCUUCAUAUUUCACUUGUCUGUUUUAUCAAGGCUAUCUAUCGAUCUGGGUUUGUAACACAAAGGUUAACGAUCAUUUGUACGCUUG